UCCUUCCAGUUGCAUAAUCUAGCCUGCAUCCUGCCACACGAAUUUACCUGUCUGUAUCAUGUAUUGUUAUAGAUCUGCUGUUCACAAUUUUUUUUUUUUUAACUCCUCGCCAUUUUCAUUGCAGUGACUUUCUCCGCAUGUAGAAUGUCUAGCAUUAAGAUUUCCCAAGCUUUCUGUGUCAUGAAUAUGGGGAAUGAAUCAAUUUGGAAUUUCUAAUAUCUUGCAUAUACAUUGCACAGAGGGGAAAGCUGUACGGAUAUGUAGGUGUUGAUACUGUACAUCUUUGUCAUAGGAUUUCUGGACUGGCUUGGGCGGUAUGGUAACGUCAAUAGUUCUGUCAUCCCCUUCUUCAUACAGGGGUCAUUUCCUCUAAUUGUUGUGUAUUAUUGUAGCGACUGAUAUGAAGGAUUCUUGCCUUAAAUGUGACGAAAAUAUCCGUAGAAUUGUAUCAUAGAUUUUUAAUAAUGUAAUGGUGAUGAUGUAUUGAGUCGCAUUGUACUGAUACAUUUCAUCACUUCCACUUGACUGCGUAUUCCUCUCACAGUAGCUCAGUUAUUUAUUUCCAUUUUCUUGUUGGUUAGCGGCGACAGAACAUGAACUACAUCGAAUGGCCACUGACGUGUUUCUCUCUUCCAGGACGUUGGCUGCGCUGGUCCUCGUGACAUUCCUCGCUGGAGGAUCCUCGCAACGACUGCCGCGUCACCUGAGAUCCGCACCUGGGGCGGUGGUUGAGAAUCUCGGUCUCGUGUAUCCGGUAACCAGCCACGCCGAGGUCCGUUUCUCCCUAUCGCGCCUCCGCAGCGCCUUGGAACUCAUGGCGCAUCAUAGAGACCAGAUAACUUCUCUCCAAAGAAGCCUCACUCUUGAUCCUUCUCAUGACCCUCAACGCAUUCAUCUUUUUAAUCAGACACUCUCCUUGACCACCUCGAGUUUGGAUUCCUUCGUGGCGCACGGUCUUUUCGGAUUCCUAGACGGCGUCCUUCCGUCCGACCUCCAGGAAUACAGGAAAAGCGUAUCUGUCGUUCACAUUUUCGACUCGUCCGCGGAAGUCGACGACGGCGGCGCCCUUACGCAAGCCAUUCAGGAAUUAGUUUCAGCUUUUACUGCUGUCAAAAGUGAAAUCGUUUCUCUUGUCGGAACUGCAAAUGAGACGUCUGAUGUCACGCUCUUAACUUUUGAGCUUCUUUCUUAUCAAAUCGCUGUCAACAGGGUCACAGAAAUUGUAAAUGAUUUGGCGCAUGCUCUUGGUAGCGCAAUUUAUGGUGAGGUGGUGCCUAAUCUGAUUUCUCUUGACGAUUUGCACCCGGUUCUUCGGAACAUGUCGUAUUACUCUCUCAGUCCUCUUUUCCCUUUAAAGCAACACAAUCGCUUUUACGCAAGCCUGAAAUCUUUCGUCACUUCUACCAGCUUAUCGAUUAUGAUUCCAUUGCGUCCUUCAAUUGUUUUCAAAGCUUUCCGGAUACACCCUUUCCCACAUAAGACAAACAAUUCUCAUUACGUUGUCCAUACAGAUCACACGCUCAUCUUUAGGGUACUGCAUGGACGGUCUAUAUCCUACCCUCCUACGGACUACCUAAACACCUGUUCAAAACCUGCGCAGAAUAUGCACGUAUGUUAUUCACGGCCUCUGCCUCUGCAGCACGAACACUCCUGUGCUUUUGCCCUUGUGACAGGUAGUCGUAUCCCUUCCAUUUGUUAUUUUGACGUCAUCGAAGCAGAAGUAACGCCUUUCGUCCUAAGUCUUCCGGAGGUGACGUUGCUUUAUUUCUACCGCUCGACUUUCGCCACCAUCAUCUGCGAGGACAACUCACCAGACAUGAGCUUACAGGGAACCUUCGUCUUGCCCCAUCACUGCGAGCUGGAUUUUCUGUCUUUACACAUUCCGGCCACCAAGUUCUUCGUCGAGGAUAUUCACUCGACCGCCGUCCCGAUUAAACCUUCGCUCCUGACCUUGCCGACAGCCAACGUCACUAUCCCUGCGUUGCGAGUCGUGCGUGCGUUGAGACCUCAGAUCGCAGGCCAGCAAUUUGACUUCUACUACCCGGUGUAUGUUAAUUUGGUAGGCAUGUUUCUCCUUGUACUCAUGUUCGGGGCGUGUUACCUCAAAGCGUAUAGGAUGCACAGAGAGGAAGAGAAAAAACAGAGUAAAAUCACGGAUCAGUCUGUUCCGUGUCUGCCUCAAUCACAACCGCCUCCUGCCUACUCGGAAGGUCACUGACUUCGACCAGUAGGAUUUUGUACACUUUUCUGUCCUUACUCUCCUCGCCUUUUCAUACCCCGAAGUGUUCAUGGGUCGAGCUAAUAGGUCCUUGCACGCUGCCACGACCAUUUCGCUAUUAGAUUAUUUAAUUUAAUGCUAAUAUAAAAAAAGGAGAAAAAAACAUCAAGAGUAUUGAUUAUCGGUUGAUCCUUCUUCCUCGACCUACUACCUUCACCCUCCUGUGCACUAUCUCAGUAUAUCGAUUAAAGUGUCACGUCCAGAAACUGCCAAUGAGAAAUAGCAUGGCACCCAGUGUCUCAGGAACAGGGUCGACGAUGGACGCCGCUGCAGUUGAAGCUGUCUCCGGAUGACACUUAAAAGGACGUGUAAAUGUCGAGAGCCCGAAGCUCAUCGCUCUAGGUGAAGCUGCCUCCACCAUGUCCUUAAAGCCUCACGCCUUCAUUCAUUCAUUCUUUCAUUCAUUCAUUCGUUCAUACGUCCAUCUGGCAUAACGCUAGCACCCGUUCCCAAGGACUCUGCUGGCUCCUCAGACAUCGCUUUUAUCGUCAAUAAAGGCAUAACGUUUA